AUGGCCGCAGAAACUGCAGGGGAGGCAGGGGUGUGGAGACAAACCAAAGCUCUUUUAUUCAAGAACUACCUUGUUAAAUGCAGGACUAAGAAGAGUAGUGUGCAGGAAGUCCUUUUUCCACUAUUUUUUUUAUUUUGGCUUAUCUUAAUGAGCAUGAUGCAUCCAAAUAGGAAGUUUGGUGAGGUGCCCAACACUGAUCUUGGUACUUUAGAUCGCUCCAUGCUCUUGGACUUCAUUCUUGGAUACACACCAGUGACAAACAUGACAAGAAAAAUCAUGCAGAAAGUGUCCUUUGAAUACUUUGCAGAUGAUGUAAUUACAGAAGAAUUUUUCAGUGAAAAAGAAUUGCAAGAGGCUAGUACGGUUAACCCCUCAAAGUUUGUUGGUGUAGUUUUCAAAGAUUCCAUGUCCUACCAGCUUAGAUUCUUUCCUGGUGCUGUCACAGUGGCUUCUAUCAAUGUAGAAUCAAGAGCCAGUUGUUCUAGUUUAUCAAAGGGAUGUGAAUCUGUUACCUACUGGCACUCGGGAUUUGCAGCUCUACAAGCUUGUAUUGAUGCAGCAAUAAUACAGCUGAAGACUAAUCAUUCAGUUUGGGAAGAACUGGAAUCAACUAAAGCUGUUAUUAUGGGAGAGGCUGCUGAUAUGAAAAUUGAUUAUUUUCCUCGAGCAGUUAUUUUAAUUUACCUAGUAAUAGCUUUCUCACCCUUUGGGUACUAUUUGGCAAUUCAUAUUGUGGCAGAAAAGGAGAAGAAGUUGAAGGAAUUUUUAAAGAUAAUGGGGCUUCAUGACACCGCCUUUUGGCUGUCUUGGGUUCUACUGUACACAACUCUGAUUUUUGUCAUGUCCAUUCUCAUGGCAGUCAUUGCAACAGCCUCUUCACUGUUUCCCCAAAGUAGCUCCUUUGUGAUAUUUCUUCUUUUUUUCCUGUAUGGAAUAUCCUCAGUUUUCUUUGCUUUCAUGCUGACUCCUCUAUUUAAAAAAUCAAAGCAUGUGGGUAUAGUUGAAUUUUUGGCAACACUGGCUUUUGGUUUUGUGGGUCUCACUAUUGUCCUGUUGGAUGGUUUUCCGAAGUCUUUUGUAUGGAUUCUAAGCCCCUUGUGUCAGUGUACGUUCUUGAUUGGGAUUGCACAGGUCAUGUAUCUGGAAGAUUAUGAAGAUGGUGCAAUAUUUUCAAAUUUAAAUCACGGCCCUUAUCCACUAGUUAUUUCUCUUAUUUUACUGGUUCUGGAUAGCAUGUUUUACCUACUUCUAGCUGUCUAUCUUGAUCAGGUCAUUCCAGGUGAGUUUGGAUUACGACGGACAUCAUUUUUCUUUAUGAAGCCCUCAUUUUGGUCAAAGCGCAGAAGAAAUUACAAGGAGUUAUAUGAGAGUAGUAUUAAUGGAAGCUUAAGUUUCAGUGAGAUGGUUGAACCUGUAUCUUCAGAAUUUCAGGGAAAAGAAGCUAUCAGAAUCAGCUGUGUUCAGAAAACAUUCAGAAAAAAGGGUGAAACUGUGGAGGCUCUCAGAAGUUUAUCCUUUGACAUAUAUGAGGGUCAGAUUACAGCUUUACUUGGGCACAGUGGAACAGGCAAGACAACACUGAUGAACAUUCUUUGUGGACUCUGCCCACCUUCUGAUGGGUUUGCAUCUGUCUAUGGACACAGAAUCUCUGAAAUUGAUGAAAUGCUCGAUGUACGAAAGAUAACGGGGGUUUGCCCACAAUUAGAUAUACAUUUUGACGUAUUAACUGUGGAAGAGAAUUUAUCAAUAUUUGCUCAUAUUAAAGGGAUAUCUCCCAAUGCUCUGAUACAAGAGGUGCAGAAAGUGAUGAAUGAUUUGGAUAUGCAGCCCAUCCGAGAUAACCAAGCUAAAAAAUUAAGUGGAGGGCAGAAGAGAAAGCUGUCGAUAGGAAUCGCUGUUCUUGGGAACCCAAAGGUUUUACUCUUGGAUGAACCAACUGCUGGUAUGGACCCAUGUUCUCGGCACGUUGUUUGGAAUCUCCUGAAAAACAGACAAGCCACUCGGGUAACAGUAUUCAGUACUCAUUUCAUGGAUGAGGCAGAUAUUCUUGCUGAUCGAAAAGCUGUGAUUUCUCAAGGGAUGCUGAAAUGUGUUGGCUCGUCUCUCUUCCUCAAAACCAAAUGGGGAGUUGGCUACCGCUUGAGUAUGCACAUAGAUGGGUAUUGCAAUACAGAAGCUACAACAGCCUUGAUCAGACAGCAUAUCCCUGGAGCCAGCUUGGUACAACAGAAUGAACUGCAGCUUGUGUAUACCUUACCUUUUAAAGACAUGGACAAGUUUUCAGGAUUAUUUUCUGAUCUAGACACUCAUUCACAUUUGGGUGUUAUUACUUAUGGAGUUUCCAUGACAACAUUGGAGGAUGUGUUCCUGAAGCUGGAAAUUGAAGCAGAAAUUGAUCAAGCAGAUUAUAGCAUAUUUAAUUCCCAGUCAGCAGGCGAGGAAGUGGAUACAAAAUCGCUUGAUGAGAUGGAACAAAGCCUACUGAUACUCUCUGAGACAAAAUCAUCUGCAGUAAGCAAUACAGCUCUCUGGAAACAGCAGGUCUCUACUAUAGCAAAGGUUCACUUCCUUAACUUAAGACGUGAAAAUAAGUCAUUGGGAAUUAUGUUGUUGCUUUUUUUAGUUUUUCUUGUAGUUCAGAUUUUAAUGUUUCUUAUACAUCACUACUUCAAAAAUCCUGUGGUUCCCAUCAAACUUUCCCCAGAUUUGUACUUGCUGAAGCCUGGAGAAAAAUACUACAAGUACAAAACAAGUCUCCUCCUUCAGAACUCCACAGGAUCAAAUAUUGAUAAUCUCAUCAGUGCUCUCAGAAGCCAGAAGAUAUUGACUGAGAUGUUCAAUGACAGUGAUUACGUGUCAGCUGCACCCCACAGUGCAGCUUUAAAUGUGUCACUUUCAGAAAAGAGCUACAUUUUUACAGCUGUAUUCAACAGUACUAUGGUGCACUCUCUGCCUGUUUUGAUGAACAUCAUUAGCAACCUGUUUCUCCACAAUUUAAAUGUGACUGAGAAUAUUCAAAUCUGGAGUAACCCAUUCAUUCAAGAAAUUGAUGACACAGUUUUCAGACUGGAGGCUUUUUUUCAAGCAAUGUUACUAGGAAUCAUUGUAACGGGGGUGCCACCAUAUUUUGCCAUGGAAAAUGCAGAAAACCAUAAGAUCAAAGCUUACACUCAACUUAAGAUCUCAGGUCUUUAUCCAUCUGCUUACUGGAGUGGACAAGCAGUCAUUGACUUUCCUUUAUUUUUCAUUAUUCUUGUUCUGAUGAUAGGAAGCUUAUUUGCAUUUCAUCAUGGUGUUUAUUUUGAUACUUGGAAGUUCCUUGCUAUUAUCUUCUGCCUUAUUGGCUAUGUACCAUCAGUAGUGCUGUUCACUUACGUGCUCUCUUUCACCUUUAAAAAAGUGCAAAAUACCAAAGAAUUUUGGUCAUUUAUUUUUUCAAUGACUGCUUUGAUCUCUACUGUUGUCACUGAAGUAGCAUUCUUUAUGAGAUAUUUCAUGGUAACCACCAUUUUUCAUUAUGUCUUCUGUGCCUUCAUUCCAAUCUAUCCUCUUAUUGGAUGCCUGAUUAGUUUUAUAAAGGUAUCACGGAAACACCUACAAAAGAAUGAAAAAUACCAUGACCCCUGGGACAAACUCUUGGUAGCAGUUAUCGCGCCUUAUUUGCAAUGUGUAGUGUGGCUGUUCCUUCUGCGAUAUCUUGAAGUGAAAAAUGGAGGUAAAUCGAUAAGAGAGGACCCAUUUUUCAGAACUUCUACAAAGAUCAAAACAUGGAAAUUUCGAGAUGAUCCACAUAAUGAGAAUGAGGAUGAAGAUGUAAAGGCAGAGAGAUUGUGGGUCAAAGAAAUGACAACCUGCCAGAGCUGUGAUGAGAAACCAGCAAUUCUGGUCAGCAGUCUGCAUAAAGAAUAUGAUGAAAGGAAAGAUUUUCUUCUUGGGAGAAAAAUAAAGAAAGUGGCAACUAAACACGUCUCUUUUUGUGUAAAAAAAGGAGAAAUACUUGGAUUGCUAGGACCAAAUGGAGCUGGGAAAAGCACACUGAUUAAUAUGCUGGUGGGAGACGUUGAACCAACUGCUGGCCAGGUGCUGAUAGGAGACUAUUCUUUAGGAUUGAAUAGUGAGGACAAUUCUGCUAAAUUUGUGGGAUAUUGUCCUCAAAUAAAUCCACUUUGGCCAGAUAUUACAUUGCAGGAGCAUUUUGAAAUAUAUGGCUCUAUCAAAGGAAUGAGUAAAACUGAUGUGGAAGAAGUCGUAAAACGCAUUGCAAGGGCCCUUGAAUUGAAAGCCCAUCUACAGAAAACCACAAAGAAAUUAGCGGUCGGAAUUAAGCGCAAGUUAUGUUUUGCACUAAGUAUGCUGGGUAAUCCCCAGAUUACAUUGCUAGAUGAACCAUCUACUGGUAUGGAUCCUAAAGCCAAACAGCACAUGUGGAGGGCAAUUCGAGCAGCAUUUAAAAGCAAAGAGAGAGCAGCUAUUCUGACCACUCAUUAUAUGGAAGAGGCUGAAGCUGUGUGUGAUCGAGUUGCAAUCCUGGUAUCUGGACAGUUAAGGUGUAUUGGUUCAGUUCAGCAUCUAAAGAGUAAAUUUGGCAGAGGCUAUUUCUUGGAAAUGAAAUUAAAAGAAACAGCAGGCGUACAACAGGUGGAGUUUCUUCACAGGCAGAUUUUGCACAUCUUCCCAAAUGCAUCUCAUCAGGAAAGUUUUUCCUCCAUUUUGGCAUAUAAAAUUCCCAAGGAAGAUGUACAGUCACUCUCUCAGUCUUUUUCUAAACUGGAAGAAGCAAAACAUGCCUUUAAUAUCGAGGAGUACAACUUUUCUCAAGCAACCCUGGAACAGGUUUUUGUGGAGCUUGCUAAAGAACAAGAAGGGGAAGAUUACAAUUUUGGAACCUUAAACAGCACGCUUUGGUGGGAAAGAAGACAGGAAGAUAGAGUCAUUUUUUGA